CCCCUCUUGUGUUGCAAGUUGCAAGCAAGAGAGCUCGAGCAUGCAAGUGCAAGAGUAGUUUUGCAAAAUGGUGUGAUGGUGAAUGGUGAUCUCUUCAUCUCAUGUUGUUUUGCAGUGUAGGUUAUGAUCAUGUCUUUGUUGAAUGAAUUCAAAAAGUAUCAAAAUUUCUGUAGGCCCAUUAGUGAAAUGAUUUACAUAGUUAAAUGGUUUUCUCAGUGUUUUGGUGAUUAAACAUUCAAGGGCGCUGUUGUUUGAGUUUGAAUACUAGUAGACCUACUUAUCUCAUCUUGAGUUAUUACGCAUUACAAAAUUGUUAGAGGGUUUUAAAUUAUAUUUUACUAUCAACUGCACUUGAAAUGUCGCAACCCGGCAAUCGGAGGCGUCGACGCAAACAUGGAAAAAACAAAAAUGAGGGGCCAUCAUCCAAAGAUGAUAAUUCAAGAGACGAGUUGUACGACGACUUCCUAUUAAUGUUUGGUGAAUCAAUCGACCCCAUUGAAAUUUACAACGUCCUGAAAAAAAAUGAUUGGAAACCUGAACCUUCAGUUGACGACCUGAUGGCGAUGUCAGUGAGUGCCGAUUCCAAAAAGCCACCCAAAAAGUUUGACGCAUCCGUGUUCGAAGACGAUUUUGAGUAUGCAACAAGAGCAUCGACGUCACACCAAUCUGCUCAAAAUUUAAAUUCAUACAGUUUUUCACCAGCUAAAAUUCGACAGUACGACGGGUUCCAUGAUGCCAAAGUAGUUUACAAGGGCGACAAUUCGGAGGAAGAAGCCGACGCUGACAUCAUAAUUGAAGAAGAGGAUGUCUCUACUGAUAAUGGUUUGAGAGUGUUGCAGGAAUUCUCUACUCCCUUCCAUAAGAACGUUUUCAUGAAUGCCUGUGCAGCUAAUAUACCGUCCAGCUUUGAUCAUGUCAAACAAAAAGAAAAUCAACCGAAAACACUGAACAGAGAUUUUGAGAUAUUGAAUAUCGAGAAUAAUUCUGCAUUUCAAAAGAAUUCGAUCACUCAAAUGUAUGCUUCCGGUGCUUCUAAUAUUACUGAAGCAUAUCCUCCUGUUGAAAGUGUUACAACUUCAAUCAAAGUCAUUUACGAAGGGUGUUUGGAAAUAACUGAUACCGUUGACAGAAUCUGUAGUCUUGUGUUGAACUCUAUCAAAGUGAUUGUUUUAUUGAGAGGGUGUCCUGGUAGUGGUAAAUCGUACAUGGCUGAGAAAAUUAUUUCGAAUGUCAAUAAAAUCCGCCCAGAGAUUGAACUGCAGCUUAAAAAUCAUGUUUUCAGCACCGAUGACUACUUUAUGACGCCCAGAUAUGGUUACCGGUUUGAUCCGAAAAUGCUACCGAGCGCACAUACCUGGAAUCAGACUCGAGCCGGUAAAGCGUUGAUGCAAAAUGUGAACCCGGUAAUAAUCGACAAUACAAACACUCAGACCUGGGAGAUGGCUCCUUACGUACAGGCUGGUGUUCAGUAUGGCUAUGUUGUCGAAAUUUUAGAACCUGAAACGAAAUGGAAGUUCAAUGAGUAUGAGCUGUUUCGUCGAAAUAUACACGGGGUACCGCGAGUGAACAUCAAGAACAUGUUGGAGAGAUAUGAGCACGGUAUCACAAGAAACAACAUUUUUCCAAUAUUUCAAUACAAGUACGACCCUUCAAAACAGCCUCCUCAGAUUGUUCCCGAUGGAGAAAAAAAUUCUCGUAAAAUUGGUUCGAAAGUUGAUACAGUACAAUCCAACUCAUAUAUCAGGCCAGCUAAUUUCCCUCAGACUUCCAAUCUACCUAACAGUUUUCCAUUGGCUCCACAGCCUGCCAGUCAUGGACAAGAAGUCGAUAAUAAUCAACCGAAAAAUAAUCUCGCAACCCAAGAAACUAACUUCUCCAAUUUGACUGCAUCUUGUCGAACGUUCUUUGAAAAGUCACUGUUAUCGUCAGCUACUGGAACUGAUAGUGCCAAAGCGCUUCCAACUUUCAGCAAUGAAAAAUCACUGCUAUCUUCGGCUACUGGAGUUGAUAAUUCCAAAUCUUAUUCUGCUCGGAACAAUUUUGUUCAAAAUGGAGAAGCUAGUGGUGCUAAAAUUGCAAACGAGAAACUUGAUCGAAAUAAAGCACCUUCUAGAAAUGCGUUACUAAGCAGUAUGAUGAUGAAAGAUUGUAAUAUGCCAGAUGUUGUGGCUAAAACUCCGAGUGUACCGCAGGGUUGGUUGACUUUUAGUAACCCUGUUUUACCGAAGACAGGGUCUGACGGUGAUAAAGAUGUAAAUAGUGUGAAGAGCAAUGGUAAUUUAAUCGAUUUCGAAAGUAGAGAGCUAGUAGGGAACUUGGAUAAUCGAGAAUCGGGAAUCGUAACAGACUUGUAUGCAUCUCGAAGAGAAUUAUUACCAAAGGAGGCAACCUUACUAAGCAAGCUUAAAGAAGCCAUAUCUGAACAAGCUCAGUUGAAAUCUGCCUUCUCAUCUGUGGCAUUGACAUCCGAUCCAUCUGGAAGUACAGGUCUGAAAGAUUCACAAAUCAUAAAUAACGAUAAUACGUUACCAAAAACUUUUCCCAAUGUGGAGACACUUGCAAGUCCUCAACUAGAAUCUGUCAAUGUCAAUGGGAACGCCUUCAAGAACAAUUCAUGUUUGAUGGAUGAAGCUCUUCCCACUUCUCAGAAUCUAAUGCCAUGCAUCGAUUUGAACAAACCUCCAUCAAAUAUCCAGCACAAUGCAGAGCUUGCACAAGUAUGUGACAUCCCUUCUAGUCAAUCCAAACACUUAACAGCUGUGGAACAUGACAGUAUUCAGAAAAAUACCGAGGCUGCACAUCUCUCUGAUAACGUUUCUAGUCCAACUAAAGACUCAACAGAUGUAGAAAAUGAAAGUAAACUGAGCCCUCGUGAGGAGGAUAACAUCGAAAAGAUGUUGAGCAUGGACGCUGAAGAAAAUCAUCUUGAUAGCUCUCAAUCUUCUCAGGAUGAUGGUUCUAGUAAUAAAAUUGAAGGAGAGAAGGAAAAUGACUCGAAUGUUGUUAAACAACCUUGUCAAAUGACUCAUUCAACAACCAAUGAGUAUGAUCAUCCAGGUUCCGAGAUGAAUAGAGGAGACUCAUGUUUGAAAAAUGACGAGACACCAAAUCUAGAUAAUUCUUCUGACGUGGCUGAGAUUAAUGAAGCAUCCAACGUUGGUUCAGAUUUAAACACUGAGAACAAACAAUCGUCCAAUCCAGUUUCAAAUGAAAAGGUUGAAACAUCACUCGAGAACGCCUUCAAAACGUUUAGAUUCAAAACAACUAAAGUAGACAACAGUUCCAGUAGCAAGAAAAAAGAUUUAUUCUUCUCGGAACUGAAGGAUGAUCCUGUCGAUGAUUUUUUCGAUGAUGCUGAAAUAUCUGCACUCUUGCAAAGUCUUGUAGAUUUGGAUCUGGAAUUCGAGGACGUUGAUCCAACAGAUGAUAGUGAUUCUGAUGAGGAAGAACCUACUUCGAACGAAGGAAUCAAAACUGUUUCAAAAGCAAAUGAUUCCCCCGAUAAAGAGUCAACUGCUCCUACAACUGAAUCCGCAAAUACGAACAAAGAUCCUACUAAUACUCUCAAACUAACUGACUAUUCAAAACAGUUGAUUUCUAACAAUGAUUCUACCAAUAUUUGCCAAUCAUCUGACAGCUCAGAACAGACAAAUAUGAACAGCGAUUCUACAAAUAUUGUCAAACCAACUGAAAGUUCAGACCCGUCAAAUUCAAAAGGUGAUUCAAGCAAUAUUUCCAAACCAAUUGACAGUUUGGAGCAGCCUAAUCUAGACGAAUCAUUGAAGACUUGUGAUGAUAGUGACAAAUGUAGUUCAAUGUCUCCCAUCGCCGUUUCUCCACAAUCUAAAAGUGCUGCACCACUGUCAUCUGAUGAAAGCGAUGGUCUAAAUAUUAGCACGUCCACAAGAAUUUUGUCUGAUUCCUGUUAUAUGACAGUCGCUGAAGAUGACAACAUCUCGGACUCAGUCUACUUCGAUGUCGACUCUGAAAAUGAUAAAUCCACGAAUGUCGAGCCAGGCGACACUUGUAAACGCAAUCUUGAUAAACAACGUACAAUUGAAGAAGACAACGAAGAAAAAGAUAGUUCAAAUGAACCGGACAAGGGCAUGGAGAUCGAAGAUGAGGAGAGAAGAGAAACUGAUUCGCAAAUGUCGUUUGUAAAUGACGGAGGUAACUCUAAUAAAAAUAAUGACUAUGAAUCUUUUGAAAUAAUAGAUAGAAAGGUAGGUGAAGACGUAAUUGAAGAUGCAUCACUACAAAGCUUUCAAGCUGUUGAAGAAAAUAUAAGUGAUAAUGAUGAGAAAGAAAGUGAUCUUGCUAAUCAAAUAUCAAACAUUACUUUGCAAGAAGAAGAAAGUGCUAAAGCGAAUAGUUCUUCAGUUGAAGAGCCUGCCGUUCAAAAGCCAUCCAAUAUUAGUUUUGAUGGAGUGAAAGCUCUCAUCAAAGGAGGUGUGCCUGUUAAAACGUUUGAUGUUAUGUCGUGGUUGAAAAGUAGUUUAAUCAAAGAAAGUAGUGAGGAAGAUAGUGGUGUCAAAAAUAUUUUGUUGGAACCUGAAGAAAAACAGUCUGAAAAAAAUGCGGCAACUAAUGAAUCAAUGAUGAUUGACGAAAGUGGAAAUGUGAAUUGUAAAUUUUUAGAACAAAUUUCCAAAAUAUCACAAGAAGACGUUGACAAUAUCGCUACAAAACCUGCUGAUAAUGUGGAAAGAACAGUAGGCCUACCAGCUGUACAAAACUGUUCCCUUAUUGGCUCCAACCAAUCAAACAUACAAGCAAAUAGAAGAAAAAAUAAAUUCCUGAAUUGGGAUAGUGUUGAAGACUCUGAAAAUAGUUGGGCGGAGAAAAUGAAGAAUACUUUGGGGGGAAGUAAUGGAAUAGAAGAUGACGGAAAAGUUACUAAACCUCGGAGAGAAAACAAUCUACUAGGGAGAUUAGCAGGUUUGGAUGAGAAGUGUGUUAACAACGAACCAAGUGAUGCGGCUGCUGCUACUAGCAAGGUUAUUAAGGAGGAGGAGGAGGAGGAGCCCUCCAGUUGUAUUGAGCCGUCUGGUGAACAAGCAAAUUCGGAAACAUCCAAUGACAGUGAGUCUUUUAGUCAGAAACUGUCAGCUUUGGUCAAAAUUUUCCCCGAAUCACAGGCUCUCUACUUGGGGGAAGUACUAAGGCAGUGUCAUGGAGAUGUGAACUGGGCAGCUGGGAUCCUCCUUGAAGGAGGUUGUGAGCGGUCAGCCGAAGCAUACUGCGCCAAAGACACAGCUGCCGAACUGGUCGAAAUCAAUAGGAAAUCCAGUGACGAGGACCAACAUCAGGCUAGUUGCUCGAAAAGCAGUCUGAAGCAAAAACAGAAGAAAGAGAAGAAGAACGCCAACAAUAACAUGUGUGAGGCACGUUUGGAGCUGAAGAAAAUCAUGGAGCAGAACUUCGUUUUGAGUGAGAAUAGUUAUUCCGAUCACUUGUUGAAGUUGUUGAAAUUCAGGAGAGGUGAAAUUGAUCCUGAAGAAAUGAUGGCGGACGAUCAAGCAGAAGCCGAGAUGACUGAUGCUUGUGAUCCAGAUUUUGAUCCCAGUCAUCCUGCGGAACAGCUUGGAGCAGCCGGACUUCCUAGUCAACCUAGAGAGUUGGAUGGUAUGGAUUUUCUUGACCAGGAUCCGCAGACCGCAUCUGCAGAGGGAAUUCCUGAAGAUGAGCAAAUGCUCGAAUUUGUUUUCAACAAAGAUGUUAUCACCACUCUCAGCUACCAUUUUGGAAGUUCUGGAUUUCCACUUGACAUGACUGGUGUGAGUUGUCCUGUGAAGCUACCAUUGAGGCUUGCUAGAGAACUGCACAGCUAUUGGAUGGACUCAGUCGAAGAGUUCCUUAUCAACGAGAAUAUCGCUAUGCAAAUGAUGAUCAAAGAAGAUGAAGAGCUAGCCAAGAGACUGCAACAGGAAGAAGCAAGUGCAGUGAAUCCCAACCUACAAGAAGUGAUUGACUAUGAAACUGCUCUAAUGCUGCACGAAGCCAACUUUAAAAAGACAAGGGAGGCCAAUGAUUCGACAGUAGCUGCAAAAUUAUCGUUGAGCAUUCUGGCCGAGAAGUAUCCGAAUGAGAAGGAAGAAUUCUUGAGCCAAUUGCUGAGCUCCAACAAUAAUUCGUUGCACAAUACGCUCGAACUUCUCAAAAUUACCAGAGAAGAACAGCACCAAAGCCAUGAACAACAAAUUGCCGAUCACAAUAAACAUGAGUUUGAUAAUUGCGACGGUUCAUCAGUGUUCGAAGAAUCAGAAACAUUGCAAAGCAGCUACGAACGGAGUCGAGAAGAAGCCAAGAUGCACUUCUUCAAGCGCAACGAAUACUUCCAAAAGGCAAAACAGGAAUACACAUCUGGCAGCAAAGCAGCUGCCUCAUUCUUCUCGCAACUGGCUAGCAUGCAUAUGAAGAAAAUGGAAGAAGCCAAUUGCAGAUCUGCAACUCUCCUUCUAUGUACCUCUCGCUCUACCAAGAAUACGCUUGAUCUCCAUUUCUACCAGGUGAAAGAAGCAGUCCAGGUUUUGGAUUUAUUCCUCGAUGCCUCCAUAAGUCGACUGGAAGAAAGUCGAAAGCCUAGAAUGAAACUUUACAUCAUAACCGGACGGGGACUACACAGCGUCAACAGGAAAUCUGUUAUCAGACCAAUGGUCAUGACAAGACUCAAACAACGCAACAUACGGUAUCGCGUAGAUGAUAUGAAUCCAGGAGCGAUCAUUUGCACUCUGACCCGGUGCAAUACAUAAACCGAUGUGUUCCGCAGUCAUAGAUAGCAGUAGGUUUUUAUUCUUAUACUCCUAUGUUAUUUUUUAAGAUUUAUUUUAAAACUUUUGUAAUGAAAGACAUUAUUUAUAAGGUUCAGAUUGAGGAAGAAAAUUUUGCUGCUCUAAAAUGAGUUGCAGUAAAAGGUUGAUUGUAUUUAUCAACAAAAACAGGCUCAAUCUAUUAGAGAACUCUUGGAUUUUUAUUAAAAAUGGGAUCAUGUGCUUACUAUAAUCAUCAUUCUUCUACUCAGAUGAUAAUAAUUAUGAAAAUUUUGAAAUGAACAACUAUUGUCCGCUUACCAAUUAUUAAUAAUUUUAUUAUGUAGAUUUUAUGAUCUCUAUUAAUUAUUUAAAACCGACGAUGCCUUCCUAUUCACAAGUAUGCCUUAUUAAUUAUUAAGUGUGAAAAUGUUUUCAAGUCUGUACAAACUCGUUGUAUGUUAGAUGAAUACCUACGAUUUUAUGGUUGUUGAGUGUUAAUAUUUUUCUAAUAUAAUGAAUAUUUUUAAUAAUUCAGUAUGAAGAAUUUAUAUAUUUCAAGUAGACAACAGCCAAUGUGGAGAACAGGGUCUUUUCAUCUACGUAUUAUGUAAACCAGAAAGAAUAGUAUGAUUUAAAAUUUGAGUAUCAUCUUUUGUAUUUUACGAAUUUGGUUCGUUUCACAAAAAAUAAAUUUUCCAUUUGAAAAUAGACUAUGUACCUGAGUUAAUCAAGUUUUCAAAACUCAUUUGAUGAUCAGAUAACACGAGAAGAAAUUUGGUUUCGUAUCGAUGUUGUGUUGAAUCGUUGAAUUUUGAGUCAAAUGUUUCAAAUCGACUUGAAGUAAUCUACAAGAUAUCAAAUGAAACUCAAAGGUGAAACAAAAUACACUUUCAACGAACGUUAAAUAAAGUUUCACAUAGAACCCGUUACCAUUUUAUGAUUGUUACCAUGAUUUGGUCGACUAUAAUUUUAAAUUUUCCAUGCUAGCUCAACUAAUGCUAUAGGGUUAGGGUCAGGGUUCUAACUAAAAAGGGUUUGUAAAUUAAGAUUUCAAAAUUGAGACUAAGAAUUCAGCAUUUAAUAGUAAAAAUAAAUCUAUUAUCAAUUUUCAUCAGGAAGCUCUGUUUUGUGUUUGUUGUAAUUUUCAUAUUCUCUUCAUUCAAACGUAAAUUAAUGUAUUUAAAAAACUAGUAUUUUCAAUAAUCGAUUAUACAUUCUCAUCACUUAUCAUAGUUUCUCUUUUCAUAUUAUAUCAGCAUGCUGAUUUAAAAAUCUAUAAAUAAUUGUAUUUAUGAUUUUCCCAUUUGUAUGAUUAAGUUUUCCGACUUUGAGUUUAGACUUUGAUAACAAAGUUUUAUAACUUUUAUUAAAGAGAUUUCCCUCAUUACUUUCAUGAAUUCAUUUAAUCUUAGACAAUUAUAGACAAUAAUUAUGUAUAUUUUAUUGUUUUUAAAGUUAGUCUAUUUUUAAUUUAGUCCUUCCUCAAAUUGCAUCCAUAAAUUUCUUAAAUUAAAGACAAGAUGGAAGCAUAAUAUUUCAAGUGUAUAUAAUUUAAACCAAAGAAGUAAAAAUCAACUUCUUUUUUUUUCAUUUAACAAAAAUAAAUUAAGAUUAUAAUGUAAUCGCAAAAUGCAGAAAAUGUAAUUAAUUUUAAGAGAAUAGGUACUUCAGUUUUUCAUAUUAUGUUAUUAUAUUAAUAAUUAUAUUCAAGCCACUAGUAAAUUCUAUCGAACGUUAUGAUGGAAGUAGCCAAUUUCAAUCUAGUGUGGCGAUUUACUGUACAAAUUAAAUAUUAGUUGAAUUGAUAUAAAUUUCUUAUUCAUCAACAUGUAUUGAGUGAAGUUUAGUUUUUCAUGUUGGUCGUGCAAUUAAUUCUAUGAUAGAUGUAUCUUUGGUUUAUACCGUAUAUUGUUGAUAGUCUAUUUCUGUUCUUAUCGAAGUCGUGUUCUAAUGAUUCAUAUAAGUAAAUAUAUGUUAUUUUGAUAAAUGAA